AUGAAUAUUACAUCUACAAUAACACCAGAUGGCUUUGCGGCAGCUGAGCUUGUGCUGAUACGUGAGCACUACCGUGAAGGCCAGCGCCAAAUGGACGGUUCGUAUAUGAAGAAGCUCCACACCAAUGAACUCCGUCAAUACGAACGCGAACGCGGCCAUUCGACCGAUGAACUCGAUAUCGCCGAGAUUCAGAAUAGCCCGACUGAAGGACACUUUGCCGCACAGGAUCGUGAAUUCGCCGAGCGAUAG